GGCGUCUCAGUUGGUGACGAUGAAGAUCUCCAAACAUCUAAACAAGCACCCAGCUUGGCUAAUUCUGAGGCUCACCCUUGCCCUCAUUGUAAAAUUGUGUUUACUCAUGCCGAGUUCCUUCAGAAACACAGCAGAAGACAUCCUGAGCUCUGUCGAGACACAUCAGCUACACAAUCAGUUUGUAGCAUAAAUGUUUCUUCACAGCAGAGAGAGUGUCAGGGAUCUGUCACAUAUACUGUUGGAGAAAAGGGGUUUGCACAGUCGGGAUAUCUGCAGAGUCACCAGCGAUCGAUCUCAGGAGAGACACUGUAUAUCUGUGCCGAAUGUGGGAAGAGUUUCACAAAGUUUGGGAACCUCCAGAGACACCAACGAUCACACACAGGAGAGAGACCCUUUCAAUGUGCCAAAUGUGGAAAGAGUUUCACUCAGUCAGGCCACUUCCAAAUUCACCAGCGAUCACACACAGGAGAGAAACCGUAUAGAUGUGCUGAAUGUGGAAAGUGUUUCACAAGUUCAGGGAACCUUCAGACACACCAGCGAUUACACACAGGAGACAGACCUCAUAAAUGUGUUGAAUGUGGAAAGAGUUUCACAACGUCAGUGGAACUCAAGAUACACGAGCGAUCACACACAGGAGAGAGGCCAUAUAAAUGUACUGAAUGUGGAAAGAGUUUCACAUCUUCAGGGGUGUUCCAAAGACACCUACGAUCACACACAGGAGAAAGACCGUAUAAAUGUGCCGAAUGUGGAAAGAGUUUCACGCAGUCAGGGGUGCUCCAGAGACACCAGCGAUUGCACACAGGAGAGAAACCGUAUAAAUGUGCUGAAUGUGGAAAGAGUUUCACAACAUCAGGGUAUCUCCAGAGUCAUCAGCAAUCACACACAGGAGAGAGACCAUAUAAAUGUGCUGAAUGUGGAAAGCGUUUUACAUAUUCGGGGAACCUCCAGAGACACCAGCGAUCGCACAAAGGAGAGAGACCGUAUAAAUUUGCUGAAUGUGGAAAGAGUUUCACAUCUUCAGAGCAAUUCUAGGUUCAUCAGACACAUGGCAGAGACACCAUAAAAAUGAACUGAACGUAGAAAGAGUUUCACUGAGUCAGGGAGUCACCAGCGAGGGCACACAGGAGAGACUCUAUAAAUGUGCCGAAUGUGGAAACAGAUUAGCUCACUCCCUAGCAGAAGAAAGAUCACAAAGAUACCGUUCUCUGAAAGAUACUGUUACUAUCAGAAAGCUUUCCAGGAGCUGGUAAUGUUCAAAACUCUUUUUAGCUUUGAGAAGUGAAGGAAUAACAGUAACAUUUUGACAUGUACAGUACAUAUAUAUACUUGAUCAAACACCAGUGUAAGCAAUCCCAGAAUUCUGAGUUGACUUAAAUUGACCAAAGAAAAUCACAAAGAUUCAUGGACCUGUUCAAUUCAUAAAAGUUGACUGACCAUAUGAUGUAAAUGUACGAAGCUCAAGGACAUUGGAAAACAAGUGAAAGAAUAUUUACAGAACAGUUUCCUCAGCAUCAUAAGGUUUUUAGUUACACAAUGGAUGUUAAAAAUAACUUAUUUCUGUGGUACUAAAACUUGUUUGAAACAAGGGGACAUGGAGGAGGAGGAGGAUUGCAGCCAAGCAGAUGUUUUUAAUCAUUGAGAUAAAGACAUCUAGGAUCUCUUCGCAGUUGGCAUUGGACGUGAGGUUGGAGGAAGUUUGUUGGGUGUCAGGAGGAGGUGAUGAAUCAUUGGAGAAUCCCAUCUUUGGAUUGGUUUUGGCCUCCAGAACGGUUUUGGAGCAGAAAAUAGUUGGGGCCUGGAAGAGGGCGAGAUGAAAGCCCUCCAUCUCGCCCACAAAAUAUACAGUCAAUUCAAUUUACAAU